CUUAAGGCAUAGUUUGCAGCUAACGUGUGUGCUCGCGCACAGGCUAUGGGAACUGGAAACCAUUCCAAAUCAUCCAUGCGUGCACGCUUACAGCUCUGGCUUUUCCAAGCAGAAGAGAAAACACUUGUGAAGAAACUUAGAGGCGGAAGGGGUUAAAUGAAAUCCAACUCUCCUUUUCCUGUGCAGUAAGGAUUAGUAACCAAACAGGAGUUGGAGAGAAGAGCAUGUUAGAGCCACUGUUUGAACCAGAACGGUAGGAAAGUGGCUAUUGGAGCUUGCCUGCACGGUGGUAUAAGUGCCUCUAACUUUUGCACUCACCAUUAACAGGUAUAUGCAGAAGACUCUGCAAUCCCAGAGCAUUUCAUGAGCUCUGUAGAUGAAGCAGCUGUGAAAACCUGCACUUCCUGAGAUGGAGCAUGUUGAUGAGCCCAGUGUGCCACACGUGUGUUGGACAGACUCAUCCAGGACUUCGGGACAAAUGCCCUGCUGUUACAGGGAGUGAAGGGAGGUGUUCGUGAUGUGCAACAGAAGUAGGAAAAGAUGAAGAGCUUCUUCCUUCUGCUCAUAUUAGCAAUGAUGCCACCUUCUGCAUUUUCAAACCGCAGGAUGAAGCGGCAGGUUGAUGUCUGGGGGAGCUGGGGAGAAUGGGGCGAGUGCAGUCGGAGCUGCGGUGGGGGAGUCAGUUUUCGGCAACGGCGCUGCUAUUCCCAGAGGACAGAAGGUGGUUCCAGUUGCACUGAACCAACUCAAAACUACCGUUCAUGCAAUAUUCAGAGCUGCCCAGAAGGCUCCCGGGAUUUUCGGGCAGAGCAAUGUGCAGAGUUUGAUGGGACGGAAUUCCAAGGAAAGAAAUACAAGUGGCUCCCGUAUUAUGGAGCACCCAAUAAGUGUGAGUUAAACUGUAUUCCCAAGGGAGAAAACUUUUACUACAGGCACAAGGAAGCAGUGAUAGAUGGGACUACGUGUGAACCUGGCAAGCGGGACAUCUGUGUACAGGGAGUCUGUCAGGCUGUUGGCUGUGAUAACAUGCUGGACUCUACCAAGAAGGAGGACAAGUGCCUGCAAUGUGGAGGAGAUGGCAGCACCUGCUAUGGAGUGAAAGGCAAUUUUGAUGUGGCCAGCCUCCCCAAAGGUUACAAUCAGAUCUUCAUCAUCCCCAUGGGAGCCACCAGCAUCCACAUUAAGGAGGUUAUGCCCAGCAGGAACUUUCUGGCUGUCAAGAACGUGCGAGGGGAGUAUUAUCUGAACGGGCAUUGGACAAUUGACUUCAGCCGAGCACUGCAUGUAGCUAGCACAGUAAUGCACUAUGAUCGUGGCUCAGAAGGUGAUCUGGCCCCAGAGGUCCUCCAUGCCAGGGGCCCCACCACAGAACCAUUAGUCAUUGAGCUCAUCAGUCAGGAGCCAAACCCAGGGGUACAGUAUGAAUACUACCUGCCAGUGCAAGGACAGAGCUCAGGUUACAGCUGGAGCUACAGUUCCUGGAGUGAGUGCAGCUCUGAAUGUGGAGGAGGUUUCCAGUCCCGCUUGGUAUUUUGCACCAUAGACAAUGAAAUUUAUCCUGACUAUAUGUGCAGGAAUAAACCGCAACCAGACAAUAACCGGACAUGUGGCCGUCAAGCUUGUCCCCAGACAAAACGGACUUCUUACGUCUAUCUGCCGCAAGCCUGGAACCACAGUGGAACACGGACCUCUCAGAUGAAGAGGUGGAAAACAGGGGAGUGGGGAUCCUGCUCAGCUACCUGCGGUGGAGGCACCCAGACUCGCUCUGUCUACUGCGCGGCCUACGAUGGUCAGAGCGCCCAAGGAGUGGUGGAUAAUGCCGAGUGCAUGGCCUUUGCACAGCAGCCUCGUAGCAGUCAGCCCUGCAACAUGAGGCAAUGUGCAACCUGGAGCAUGGGGCCCUGGUCAGAGUGCUCAGCCAGCUGUGGGGAAGGUGUGCAGACCCGGACUGUCACCUGCAGAACGCAGCAGGGCUCUCAGGCUCAGGACUUUGCUUGCCAGAUAGAGCCAAAGCCAUCAGCCACCCAGCCCUGCCUUCAGGAGAACUGCAUCCAGGAAAUUGGCUGGCACGUUGGAGAUUGGGGCCUGUGUUCGAAGAGCUGCGAUUCAGGCAUCCGGACGCGCCAAGUCAUCUGCGCUGACGGCGACUCCAAAUUCUACAGUCCUGAGAUGUGCAAAGCCGUCCAGCCGCAGAAACCAGCCACACUGGGUAGCUGCAACAUGCAGCCCUGCUACCUGCCACAGCAGGUCCCCAGUAUGCAGGACACGAUGGGAUAUGAUGUCACCCGCCAGUCCUUGCUGACGCGUUACAACCCAAACAGCCCUGCCACAGGAGUUCUCUCCCCAGAUUCUGGUGAUGAAAGGACGCUCCCUGGGAGCUCCAUGGUCCGUAGUAGCUCUGGGAAUCACCACAUUCAGUCCACCGAGGACCGUGGCACCAACUUCUUGCCGGUUCGCUGGGAAUCCCAGUCACGCUUAUCAGGUUCCCGACAGCUCAACUUCCCUCAGGACCUCGCUGCAGGGACCGGCUCUCAGGACUGCUAUCGGAGCCCCCACGGCUGCUGCCCGGAUGGGCACACUCCAGCUUCAGGCCCUCUGGGGAGAGGUUGCCCCUUUGGCACCUGUCAACGAAGCAGGUACGGAUGCUGUCCUGACGGAAUAUCGUCUGCCCAGGGUCCAAACAACAUGGGAUGCCCACAGCGUUACAGAAAUGUUCAAGUGAACAGAAGUCAGCCCACUGCAGCCGCUCCAACAGCAAGCCAAGCCUUGUCCCAGCAGCAUCCCUCAGGCGAAUGCCGCGCUUCGAUGUACGGCUGCUGUUUUGACAACAUCGCUUCAGCUUCAGGCCCUCAAGGGGAAGGAUGUCUCAGUAGGCCCAGCUACCCCUUUCCUGUCAUAUGCCUGCUGCCUAGUGCCCACGGCCCCUGCACAGACUGGACAACUCGCUGGUACUUUGUGGCUGUUGUUGGCAGGUGCAACCGUUUCUGGUACGGCGGCUGUCAUGGCAAUAAGAACAGCUUUGCCUCAGAGGAGGAGUGCAUGACAGUGUGCCAGGACCCUGCGGGGGUCAGUCCCCAGCAGCACCAGCAUGCUCCUCGCGCAGGGACCCUGCAGCGCCAGCACGCUAAUUCCCGCACUCGCCAAGGGGAUGCUCAGGGCCAGCAGCAGCCAUCCCUGAGAGAGUCUGCAAGUCACAGCCAAGAAGGAAGAGCCUAUGGGGCUUUGCACUCCACACGAGACAGCCGCAGGGUGGACAGCUGGAGAAGCGAUGUGCUGCCAGAGUCUUUGCCAAGGACUGGUGUGCUGGACAGCCGGCGCUGGGGUGCACAGCGCACUGAGGGUGGUGUAGAAAGGAGACUGGACCACCUAAGCCAACCACACGUGGUGCAGGAAACAACAGUGUCUGAGCACUCAGAGAGGCAGAGUGGCAGUGGCCGGCAAGCACUGCCCCGUGAAGGAGAGCAGUGGCAUAAGGCUUUUGGAGCAGAUGCUUCCAUGACGGAGGGACUUGGGCACCAGGCAUCCGCAGGCUCCUUCCCAGCACGAGCUCUGCGCAGAGUUGUCCUGGAGGAAGGCAGGCCUUCUCUUCUGACAGCAGCUGUGGGCCAAAACAUCCAGCUGUUCUGCAAGACAGGCACAUUCCCCUUCUCCAGAGUGGAGUGGAUGAAGGAUGGGCGGCCGGUCUCCUCUGACAGGCACACCUACCAGUCUGACAGCUCCUUGGUGAUCAGCCACAUCAAGUCGGAGGACACGGGGACUUACACGUGCCUCAUUUCCAACGGGAGGACAGAGAGACCGGAGAGACGACAGAUUCAGUUACAGAUCCUAGAGUACCAGGGUGCUGUUCUGGCAGAGAGAGAGAGAGGUCGGGCCGUUUACAAGGAAAAUGAGCAACAGCGAGAGCUAUCCAGAGGCAGUAAAAUUGUAGAGGCAGCCAGUUCCUCUGUGCAUCAACAACUCACAUACAGAUUGCUAAUGGAUAAGAGUGAGCCCUCGGUAAUGGAGGCCAAUGUUGGGGAGAGAGUCAGACUGCCCUGCACAGUGGAAGCGUCGCCCACUCUCACCAUUGAGUGGCAGAAGGAUGGGCAGCCCCUCUCCUCUCCCAGGCACAGGCAGCAGUCAGACGGGGCCCUGGUGAUCAGCCGGGUCAGCCCUGAAGACACUGGCUUCUUCACCUGCAUCGCCUCAAAUGGACGUGACCAGGACCAGCGCCAGGUCCUGUUCCGACCUCUAGGUGGUGAUGAUUUCCUUUCUGGUCCAGGAGAGCUGAGAAUCACUGAUCUUCUGCCAAGCAUCACAAUACCCGAGGGAGGGACUGCCCAACUUCAUUGCACAGUGACCAGUAGCAACGUGAACAUAAGGUGGUCAAGGAAUGGCGUCCCAAUGCGGGCAGAUGGCCACCACAUCCACCUGUCCCAGGAUGGAAGCCUGAUCAUAAGCAAUGUUCAAGAGGCUGACGAGGGAUCCUACACAUGCAGCGCCUACAGCAGCAGCAACUCUGUCAGUGCCAGCACAGAGGUGAAAGUGAUGAGGAGCAGGCCUACAACAGCUGUGAAUCAUGUUGUGGACCUGAGUAGAGAGUGCGUGGACCAGCCACACCUCGCCAACUGUGAUCUGAUCCUGCAGGCCCAGCUCUGCAGUAACGAAUACUACUCCAGCUUCUGCUGCGCCAGCUGUUCUCGCUACCAGUCACAGGCCAGCCCUCCUCAUCACCACGGGUGACAGACACCUACCUCCAAGGCUACAUGAAAGUAUACAGCACAGGUAUGCCUUCAGGAUUGGACACCAUACUUUAAGAUGUGAACGCACUGAAAAGUCUAGAAGGAAACCAGUAAAGGAGUGAGACGUGACAGAUUUUUUUUUUCAAAAAGAGAUUUUUUUUUUUUUUGAGAGGUCAGUGAAGAAUUGUGCUUGCUAGAAGGCAGAAAGUCAUACUUUGCAGUGAAGAUCCAUUAGUUUGGCUAUUGGGAAAAAAAAAAAGCCUCUGCUGUAAUCACAGGAUGGGUUACACUGUAAGUUUGUGAAGUUGCCAUCACUGGUUAUUUAAAAACAAUGAGCUAGUCCAGAGAUCAAUUCUACUUGUAUAUGUCCAUAAAUUUGCAUUUAACAUUUCAAAACAGCACUUCUUUUUUUUUUUUCCUGUAUAGCAUAUUUGACACAAUAGUAUGAAUCUACCUUCUGAGACAAUAAUCACAUCCUGUGUAAAUGCUAGUCUUAGUGAAACAGAGAUGAGACCACCAAGCGCAUGUGAACUUUUUCAGGAGUGUGAUUAAAGGUAGACUACAGCUGUAUUUCAUCCUCCCCCUCCCUUUUACUUUCGCCAAACAUAAGCAAUAAUUUCUGUAACAUCCCUUUCUACUUUGUCAGAGGCUUUUUUUUUUAAAUAAGAUUUAAAUAGUAUACAUGUUCAGCUUUCAUUUAAGCUGCAUAGUUAUAAAAUAUACAUGCAAGGAGCUCUUUCUCAAGACUUCUGAGAGUUGCCACCUGUAGUCUGUUGGACGGGACUCUAAUUUCAUGCUGGGGAUGCUUUGGUUAAGUGAGCGUUUAUUCUCUGACUUUCUUUCUGCUGAGUAUCCAUGGUAAUAAGGAUUGUAUUUGAAGGCAUGCAGCUCUCCGUACAUACCAUCACUGUAAUAGUUAAAUAAAAGGUCUUUUCCAUUUUUUUUUUUUCUUCCUUCUAUUUGGCAAGCUGAGAUUUUUGUCUCUGUGUAACGUCUCUAACUGGCUGUUUACCUUUUGAUUUGUGUGCCAAGAUGUUACUUUUCUUCCCUAAAGAAUGGUUUGUAGGAAGCUCAUAUUUUCCUUGCUAUUAUCUUCAGGGCAGGAGAAGGGUAUAGAUAUACUGGACUAUUUUUGGAUGGUCUUUGGGCACUGCUGUGAAAGACUUACUUAAGGGCUAAUAGGGGAGGGGAGGAAAAAAGCAUGUAUAGCUUUUUCUAGUCUUAUAUAAAUCAGAUCUCUACACACAUGACUACAAAUAUUUGUUUGCUUUUUGAAAGCUGAAAAAGCAUCAGUACUACCUCAAAUACCAUAGGGAGUAUUGGUCAUUACUAGUCAUGCCAUACUGAAGCCAGGUAUGCAUGAACUGAUACAGGAAAAAAAAGCCCCAGCUUUCUAGACCACAUCACUGAGUAUCACGGUACUUGCCUGGAAACAGAAACUGCUGGCAAGCGCAAAAGGAAGGAAGCAUUGCUAAAGGAAAGGCUCAGAAACAGUCCCCUCUGCUUCCUUUAUCCCUCUAUAAUAAUACACUCCCCUUUCAGGUACAAGGUCUGACAUUUCUCUAUACCUAACCUGUUUGGUGCACAUAGGAAUGCAGUGUGAAGCAGUCACAUGCGUAGGGUAGGUCUAUAGCAACUUACUGGGAGAACAGAAAGGAGUGAAAAUACACUGUCUGCUCACACAGCUAUUGGGAUCUUCACUUCUUUUAAUACUAGGGGAAAGAAAAGCAACAUGAGUUUUCUUUUUUCCCUGUUUGAAUGUUAGUGGCUUCAUGUUUGUCUCUAAGUAAAUAGUCAGCAUUAGAAAAAUUCAGCGAGGCAAACUAGAAUCUAAUGGUUUCAGUAAACCCCACCUUUUUAGAGGUUUAAAUAGCAAGGACAUUUGCAAGUUAGGUCUUAAAGUUCAAGGUAACGUAAUAUGGCGUACAAAAAGAGAGCCACUAAAAUACCAUUGUCAAGCUUCAAGGCUAGCAAGCAGUGUUUGUCUGUGUUCACCUAAUAACAAAAAAGGACAAAUCCUGAAAACCAAAUGGAGAACAAUAAAGCUUUCACAGACAGCACUUCUACCACCAACAUUUAUUUCUGUUAAAGCAGAUUAUAAAUCAGUACAAAUAUAUAUAACUUACAUUUGCUUGUAAGGCCAAAGUUUAAAAGUAAAGUUAAAAUGAGAUGGAUUUCACAAGUCACCAGAGGCAGAACCUGGACCAGCUGCAGCCUUAACCACAAGGUUUCACAAAUCAGUGGAAAAAAA